UGUCAAUAUUCAAUUUAUUGAAUUUUAAAAUAUACAUUGAUUAUUGAUCUUAUCAAGAAAUAUUGCUAUUAAUAAUUAAUCAGUAACUUUAAUCGGCAAUCAGUAAUGUCAACAAGAGUUUGCUUGGUUUGUGGUGUUAGCGCUAAUGGCAUCAAUUUCUGUGCGCUCACGUGUCAGUCCUGUAAGGCUUUCUUCAGGAGGAAUGCCCACAAACAAGAGGUUCAAUAAUAUUUAUAAUUUAUAAAUAAAUGUCUAAUGAUGACAAAACGGUACCAGAAGUACAAGUGUAGGUUUGGAGACAAUUGUGUGAUUACUGAAGAAUCGCGAAAAUUGUGUCAAAAAUGUCGGCUCAAGAAAUGUUUCGCAGUCGGCAUGAAAAAAGAAUGGAUACUCAAUGAGGAGGAGAAGGAGUUUAGGCGACAACGGAUUGAGGAGAACCGCAAAUAUAGAGAAAUGUGUUUCAAUCAGACAUCACAUGAUGUCCCAGAAGUUGACAAAACUGUAAAUUCCGACUCAAAUGCCAAUUCAUGGGAUGAUAUAAACAAUCAACAAAUCAAUGAAUAUAUCAAUCAAAUCGAGAAUUACAUAACUAAUGAUGAAAGCAGUGAUAAAUUUCACGAAUCAAUCGGUGAUAAUAUAAUUAUCAAACCCAUUAUCGAUGGAAACAAUCUGGAUGACAAGGAUAUAUGUACAGAUAAAAUACCUGGACACACUGGCACUACUAAUUCAGUGGGUACUAGUACCCUGGUCAAAUAUAGCUUCACGGAAAUGCAGAUAUUAAAGGCUGCCCUAUACUAUAACCACUACAAGAAGUGUUGGACUAUUGAAACGAUAAUGCCCAUAUUACUAUUUAAUCCCGAGAGACCAAACAUUAUAAAUAGGGAUAUGAUCGAAGCUAAUGGCAUCAACUUCUGUGUCAUUACUUGUCAGUCAUGUAAAGCAUUCUUCAGGAGGAAUGCCUACAAUUUUGAGAAACAGAAGUGUAGGUUCGGAGACAUUUGUGUAAUCAAUGAGAAAACAAGAAAAUAUUGCAUCAAAUGUCGACUCAAAAAGUGUUUUUCCGUCGGAAUGAAAAAAGAAUGGAUUAUGAAUGAGAAGGAGAAGCAAUUGAGAAGAACUCAAAUCGAAAAGAACCGAAAGUUUAGGCAAACUAUCUCUAAAAGUACCACAAAUGGUGACAAAGUAUCGCAAACGUUAAACUCAGACUCAGAUAUCGACUCAAUUGAGACCUUAGACGACGAGAAAAUUAUUGACUAUAUUCUGGACAUUACUAAUGAAAGCAAUGAUCAAACAAUUAAUAGUUGUCCCAAAAUAAAGUCUGUGUUCACGACAGUCGAUGAGUUGAGAGCUUUUAGUGCCACGAUAUUUCAUAAACGUAUUAAUAACUUCAUACAAUUAGCAAGCAGAUUGAGUGCAUUUAACAGCAUGUGCCUCAAUGACCAAAUAGCCAUGAUCAAAUACAGUUGCAUCGAAAUGCAAAUGUUGAAAGCCGCUACAUUCUACAACCAUGAUAAUCCAUAUUGGUAUCUUGAAUUGGUAUUAAUGCCUAUACUACUGUUUAAUCCUAAGAGACCAGGCAUUGUUCAAAAGGAUAUGAUUGAACUUCAACACCAGUUAUACCUUAGAGGUCCGAAGUGA